AGCCCAAAAAGCUAUUCGUCAAAAUCCAAAAGUGUAGAAAAGAAAAGAAACUCAUUUCUAGUAAAUUGGCUUUGAUUUUGUUUAAUUCCUACUCUACAAACCAGCUUGAUAAGAGGGCUUCUUCAGCCGCAAAAGCGAUAUGGUGCUUACGGAUUUCAAUGGAGCUGGUGUCGGAUUUGGUUUCGGCGUCGGCUGUGGUUUCGGAGUUGGAUGGGGUUUCGGAGGAAUGCCUUUGAAUUUCUUGGGCCUCGGCGUAGGUGGAGGCUGUGGGAUUGGAGUAGGCCUUGGAUGGGGCUUUGGUACUGCCUUUGGGAGUAAGUAUCGAUCAUCUAGGCUGGCGUUUCAGGGCACUGAAUUCGGGAAAAGGAAUCAAAAUGAUGCACCAUUCAAAGAUUUAUCAUCACAAAGCACCCAGGAAGUUGCCCAGCACAAAUCAAAGAAAGAUUGCUGGUUUGUCGUCAACGGCAGAGUAUUGAACGUGACAAAGUUUCUGGAUGAGCACCCAGGAGGAGAAGAGGUGCUCAUAGAGUCAGCAGGGAAAGAUGCGAGCAAGGACUUCGAGGUUAUUGGACACAGCAAGGCAGCUCAAAACUUGCUCCGAAAAUACCAAGUGGGUGUUCUUCAAGGACACACAGUCCAAGACGAAGACUCCAAGGAAGUUCCCUACAAGGAAUCCAAGAAGAAAGAGAUGACUGCUUUUGUCAUCAAGGAUGACGAAAAGCCCAAGUAUGCGGUUCUGCUCGAGUUCUUCGUCCCGCUCUUGGUUGCCGGUUCCUAUUUCAGUUACAGAUACCUUAGCAGAGCAGCCCAGAUCAUGGAUUAGUUCAUCUUAUCUAAUUUAACCACUGCCCAUGCAUGCAUGCAUAUGAUCAUCAAUAUGGUCUGCUUUUUAUAAGGUUUCUUGUCAGUCAUUGGCCAGUAUUGCCAGAAUUUCUUGUGUGGUUAAAAAUAAGAUGAAUUAAUUAAUAUGGAAACUUUAUGGUCA